UAAGUGCAGUAGUUUCUCUGUCAUGAUUCGACAUUGUCCCACAGGCACUAAUCGAAUCAUGCCCACUCCUUUCCACAGAUACCAGCAGCACUUGCUAAAUAUAGCUGUGACAUCCCUGACUAGUCAAACUCAGCACCCUUUAGAUGUAUCACUUAUUGCAACCUGAUCCUGAUUUACAGUCUACACUUCCUAUUGUGCACCACCCUUCACUCGGCAACUCUAUACAUUCGGCAUAUACAAAUGUGCACACACACACCGUGCUACCCCCUUACUGGCACAGUAUAAUGCUCCAAAGACUCAUUAAUGAGAAGAUGCUUUACCAUCACUGCACUUUAAAACAUGAUCUCUUCAUAUGAAAAGCUUUAAUGUUUAAUUUUAAGCACAAGCCUGUAGAUUAUUCAUUCAGAAACGCAAUUACUUUCAUGCUCUUUGGCUCUCACCAUUAUCCAGAUGUCUCCAAGUCCAGUGGAUGCCUCACACGAACUAUUUAAAGUAUGUUUCUGUUCCAGUUCUCUGUUCUCGGUUUUCUUCACGUGGUUUGUGCAAGGGUGGUGUGCAGUUUUAAAGGUGUCUUGAACUAUUUCAAGAAUGUUUUCUGUUCCUGUUCAAAUAUGUUUUUAUUUGUGGUUUCUUGCCAUGUAACGUAUGGUGUGUUUUGAAGCCAAAGGUGUGAAUAGGCUUGUGAAAGUGCUUGUGUGUGUGUGUGUCCUCGCAUUGUCAUGUUCUCCUUUGUGUGAGGAUUUCUCUGCAUGACUGCCAGGUGCCAUGUCCCCAUUCAUCGGUGCUACUCUGAUCCUUCGGAUAAUAUAACAAGCAUGAGCCCCCGCCGCACCCCCCUCCUCCAGUGAACAUCCUACCCCUACAAUUAACCUAACAAUGUUUUUGCUGCUUGAAACCGGGCACUUUUGGAAAGCUAUGGAGUUAUUAAUCUUUGCCUUGGUAUAGCAGUAUUUUAAGCACUUCCUGCAAGCCUUUCCUUUGUUUUGACAUGAAGUACAAAGCGGUUGCACAACAGAGCAGCAGGGUAAUCCACUAUUUCAAUAGCGACCUGUGACACGGUAAGCAAUAUGUCACUGUCACUGCACAACAGCCCAUUGUGCCUGGAGCGCGCAGUUGGUCGAGCGAGUUUAGACAACGUAUGAAUAUUUGGAAACAAAUGGAUCUUUUCUCCAGCACUUCUUCUCCUUUUGAAUGUCUUUGCCUAACUCCGAGAAUGCUUCCACCCUGGAGAAUGCCAUGCAGCUCAUGAUCCAGACCUUCCAUAAGUACUCUGGAAAUGAAGGGGACAAAUAUACACUGAGCAAGGUUGAGCUCAAAGAAAUGCUUACCAAAGAGCUUGGCAGCUAUCUGGGGAACGCCCAGGAUAAGGAAGCUGUGGAGAAGAUUAUGGGAGACCUGGAUUCCAACAAUGACGGAGAGGUAGAUUUUACAGAGUUCAUCAUUUUGGUUGGAGCUCUCACUGUGGCCUGUAACGACUUCUUCCUGGAGUACAAUGACAAGCAAGAGAAGAAGAAGUGAACACACCCUUCACCCAGUGUCUCCACUUAAAAAUCCCACAUGUUCCAGGGAGGAAGCACUUAAGGAGAAAGAGAAGGCCCAUUUGGGACAUCCUGUCAUGGACCUCAUGUGCACAAACACACAGACACACACACACAAACAAACAAACCUCUAAUAGAGAAAUAAAUGUUGUGUUUUGU